CAUUUCGCGAGAGUUCGUGUGUCUCGCGAGAGCUCCCUCGCCUUGUCUUCCCCUCUUGCCGGAGCCCGGCUUCUCUCCCCUCCCCCCUGGCCGCCGGCGGCGUUUUCCCUUCUCCGCCCGAAUCUUCUCGUCGUCGUGGGUAUUUUCCCCUGCUGCAGCUGCCCUUGCCGCCGCUGGGCUCGCGUCCCCGACCCCUGCCCGCCGUCCCGUCCCCAACCCCGCCCAAGAUGUCAGAGGAUCUAGCAAAACAGUUGGCUAGCUACAAAGCUCAACUCCAGCAAGUAGAAGCUGCUUUGUCUGGAAACGGAGAAAAUGAAGAUCUGCUGAAAUUGAAGAAGGAUUUGCAAGAAGUUAUAGAAUUGACCAAAGAUCUUCUGUCAACUCAACCUUCAGAAACUCUUGCAAGUUCAGACAGUUUUGCUUCUACUCAGCCCACUCAUUCAUGGAAAGUAGGGGACAAAUGUAUGGCAAUCUGGAGUGAAGAUGGACAGUGUUAUGAAGCGGAGAUUGAGGAGAUAGACGAAGAAAAUGGCACCGCUGCAAUCACCUUUGCUGGUUAUGGCAAUGCCGAAGUGACACCAUUGUUGAACCUUAAACCCGUAGAAGAAGGAAGGAAGGCUAAAGAGGACAGUGGCAACAAACCCAUGUCAAAAAAAGAAAUGAUUGCCCAGCAACGUGAAUAUAAAAAGAAAAAAGCUUUGAAAAAAGCGCAGAGAAUAAAAGAGCUUGAGCAGGAAAGAGAGGACCAGAAGGUGAAGUGGCAGCAGUUCAACAACAGGGCUUACUCCAAAAACAAGAAGGGCCAGGUAAAGAGGAGUAUUUUUGCUUCGCCAGAAAGUGUAACAGGCAAAGUUGGAGUAGGAACUUGUGGAAUUGCUGACAAGCCUAUGACACACUUCUACGGCAUGGAAGUAAUUUACAUGUCGGUUUAA